UGCAACUGCCGCGUGGGUGCGACACAAGCGAGUGUUUCACGUGAACCGCGUAGCCUGUCUGGCUUGUCCAAAAUGGAAGUGUCGGGUGAUGAAGGGGAAAAAGCACCGGAAUCUUUAUACCUACGCUUGUCAAACAGCCUGCGCGAUACCCUGCCGAGUGUCACUGAGCGUUAUUACAAGCCGAGGUUCAAGUACGAUGCAAACGGCAAUGCAGGGGAAGACCAGUGCAUCUUGUUUCACUCAAACAGAAUAGCUUUGGUCACACUUGCACCCUCUCAUCCGAUACUGUCUCAAAAAAAGGAAGUAACUAAAGUUGACUUCCAAGUGAACACGAAAUUGAAUCGCCUCUCAAACUAUGUGUAUGGCAAACACAAGAAGGGGGCACAACGACUUCAGAGGACAUCAGCCUUGUGCAUCAUAUCCUGCUCAGAUGGCUCGCAGUACACGAUAGUGAGCGUGGUUCCGGGGAAGUUGAUUGAAGUUAACGAACGUUUGACAGAGUGUCCUGAACUCGUUGUGAAAAAGCCGUGGUCUUCCGGAUAUAUCGCUAUCGUGUUGCCUCCCAUGAACAUGGACGUCUACCUACUAGAGACGCUCACUUCCCCUCAAGACUACAUAAAGGUGCGGAGCGGUACAAUUCCGGAGGGGUACCUCACCACAGAGGCGGUACCUGAAGCCCAGAGUGUGUUUUCCCAGGCUGUUGAUAUUGAUGACGCCUAGAGACUCGACCUUCUGUACAGUGCACGAACACAAUACAAGACGUUUCUACGUCAUUGAUUUCCUCA